CAUUACCUAUUAGCGUGAUGCCGAGCGAGGGGGGAAGUAUUUAACGUUACAGUGAGAGCUCUUAAAAUGUGUCUUCAACGAUACAAAAGCUAUUUUUGUGCGCUGAUAUCAUUAUUUUUUUAUAUGGUUUAACGAUAUAUUUUCCUAGUCAAAUUUUUAAAUUGUAAAUAACCUUAUCUUCAUGAAAUAUAUUUCUGUAAUAUGGCAAAGACGAAAACAAUCAGUAAAGGCUGCCCAAAAUGUGAACAGCAGGUACCUGUGGCCUGUAAAGCAUGUCCAUGCGGCCAUUCAUUUUUUAAUGCAAGACGCAAUUCUGUUAAGAGUCCUCCUAGUCCUGAUAGCGGUGUAAUGAAAACUAGGCGUACCAAUCGAAUUAAACGAGAGAAACCAAAUUAUUACGACGCUCUGGAAUAUGACAAACAAUCAAAGAAAAGCGCUAAAAUAAGGAAAGCCACAGAUGUUGCUAGUGAUAUAGACUGCAGACAAUUAAAUAAAAAAAAGAAAAGAAAAGGUAAAGGCAAAGGAAAAACUGGGAGUAGUAAUGGAUUAGAUGAUGAUGACGAAAUGGAAGGAAUUAAUAGUUUGUCGCCAGAGAAACAACUCACAUGCUCUCUGAUAUUGCAAGAAUUAAAUAACAAAAUGAGUAUUGUUGCCUGGAAACCAACCUGAUUUUUUUUUCUAUUACUAAUGUGUCUCUAAUCAGGAUUACUAGCAUCUAUUAUUGGUAUACUCUGAUAAAAUCAUUUUCUUCUGAUAUCAAAGCAAGUUUAAAAUAUAAUUAACUAAUUACACUGUGCAGCAUUAACGCGGAAUUGUGUAAUUUUAUGUAUAAAUUAAUAGUAUCGAAUUGUAUGAAUUAUGCAUAGUUUUCUUUAACAGAAAGAUAGAUUACAAUAGACUGCUUUUUACUUGUAAUAACUAUAUAUACACUGUG